AUGAUCCAUGAAACUUCGCCGAAUCAUGACCCGCUAGAGGACGACUCUGUGAUCACUCUCAUCGAUGCCGUUGAGCGCAACAAGUGCGUCUACAACCGCUACGAUCCAAUGCACAAAGUGAGCGACUUCAAGCACAAAGUCUGGAGAGACAUUGCCGAUGAGAUUGGCUACGAGGGACAGUCAGUGGAGCUGGAGAGAAAGUGGAAGCACAUGCGGGACAAGUAUGUGCGGCUGCGGAAGCAGGAUAAGCAGAAGGCGCCGAUUAAGGAGACUAAUAAGUGGUGAGUGCAUUGGUCGGCCAGGGAUGUUCUUUCAAUGAUUAUUGACAGGUACAACUACUACACUCGAAUGUCAUUCUUGGAUCCGUUCGUCGAGCAUCGCAAUCGCAAACGACAGAAGGACUACAUCAAAGGGGGAGGAGCAGAGCUGUCGCCAUCGGAAAUAUUCGAAGACGAUCCGAUUCUGGAGGAGAUUUCGAUCGAGGAGAUUCUAAAGGCGGACAUCGAGGGGCCGGGCAGCAUCUCCCCGCACACCUCGUCGAGUGGUUCUUCUGGAAACCGGCAGAGACGAAUGACCGAGUCGCCGAUCGAAGUUGUGCUCGACGAGGAGAGCAAAAUGCUGCUGAAGCUGAUUGAGCCGGUGAGUAAUAAGUCAAUCUCAUUCUUAUUCUCAUUCCAAAUGCCCUACCUUUCAGCCAGCCAACAUUCCCUCGGCGGCUUCUUCCACUGCCGAGUGGUGCGCCACUCAAUCAAAGACUUCCCGCAAGAGAAAGCAGAUUCCCACUCAGAUUCUUCAGGAGGAAGUCCCCGCCCUUCAUUGUGCCACGUCACCAAAGUCUGCCAAAACGCACAAAACAGACGCCAUGGAAUCGCUUCGAGAACAGGAAGACGGACAGGUAAUAGUCAGAAUUGAACUGAUAUUCGGGAAAAAUAAAAGUUUCAGAUGUUGUACUGCCGUCACAUCGUCAAGAAUCUUCUAGAAAUGGAUAAGAAUGACUUUUCCUACGCGCGCAUGAAAAUCGACGAAAUCUUGUACGACAUCGCAGUUGGCAAUAACCACUAA